AUGAAUUUUUUCAUCACGAGUGGUAUCCCUUUUCUAGUACCCAUCUUACAUACCGCCAAGUCAUUUCCUUCAAAAGCGGGUGCGAAUUACGAUGUCAUCACGCAUAGUUUCAAGUUGCGAGAUGUGGUGAACGGUGGUAAUGGUUUCAUGUUGGUGAACGAAUCUGUCGAGCAGGAAACACUUUCUCAUAAUCUACGAAUGACCGCCGAAUUGAUGGACCUGAUGUCCAGUACCAGCAGUGUGGAUCACCCCGUGUGUCAAGAUUGCUGCGAAUCUUUACUCAGUACGUUGGAAAAUGAGCUCGAGAAGGUGGAAAGCGAUUUGAGAGAUUAUAAUGUACUCCGGAAUAAGCUUCGUCUAGAAGAGAAAAAUCGACACUCGACCGUAGGAAGAGCCGAAAUGAACGAUAUGAUCAAAAAAUUAGACGAGAUGAAAGAAAACGAAAAAGACUUACUGCUGGAACUGAAAAGACUUCAGAUAGAAGAAGAGGUAGCUGAUAGGGAGUUGGCAGAGCUGGAGAAAGAGCGCGACGGACUUGUAAGUGAAGAACAACGGUAUUUGAAAGAAUACGCCAAGUACAAGCAAGAGACAUUGUGUUUGGAGGACGAAACUCGGAGUGUCGAAUGCCAGCUGCGUUACGCUCAGACUCAGCUGGAAAAAGUGAGAAAUACCACUGUGUUCAGCGCAGCGUUCCAUAUUUGGAUUGCGAACGAUUUUGGGGUGAUAAACGGAUUCAGACUGGGUCGCCUGUACGAACAACCAGUCGAAUGGUGGGAAAUCAACGCUGCCUGGGGUCAGACAGCUCUUCUCCUCUCUUCAAUGGCCGCCAAACGUUCCUUCGUAUUCAACAAGUACAAGAUCGUCCCGUACGGAAAUUUUUCGUGCAUCAAAAUCAUCGACGACAAUAAGACGUUGAAUUUGUAUGGCAGUGGGAGCUUUCGUACGGGUAUUUUCUCUGACCGAAGCUUUGACCAAGGCAUGGUAGCGUUUCUUGACUGCUUACAGCAGUUGAAAGCUGAGAUGGAGAGAACGGAUGAUCUUAGACUGCCGCAUGGUAUCGAUAAGGACAAGGGCAGAAUCGACGAUGGUGUCGGAAAUUGGUACUCAAUUAAGUAA